AUUCUUCCAUGACCUCAGCCUCCUCUUCCUCCCCUAGAACUGGCUUCCAUGGAGGUGAAGAACUGCUCUGUAGUGACAGAGUUCAUCCUUUUGGGAAUCCCACACACAGAGGGGCUGGAGAUGAUACUUUUUGUCUUGUUCUUGCCCUUCUAUGCCUGCACUCUGCUGGCAAAUGUGUCUAUCCUUGUUGCUGUUAUUUCUUCUGCUCGCCUUCACACACCUAUGUAUUUCUUCCUGGGAAACUUGUCUGUGUUUGAUAUGGGUUUCUCUUCAGUGACUUGUCCCAAAAUGCUGCUCUACCUGAUGGGACUGAGCCGACUCAUCUCCUACAAACACUGUGUCUCCCAGCUCUUCUUUUUCCAUUUCCUUGGGAGCAUUGAGGGCUUCUUGUAUACGGUGAUGGCCUAUGACCGCUUCACUGCUGUCUGUUAUCCUCUGCAAUACACAGUCAUCAUGAACCCCAGGAUCUGUGUGGCCCUGGCUGUGGGUACGUGGCUGUUAGGGUGCAUUCAUUCCAGCAUCUUGACUUCCCUCACCUUCACCUUGCCAUACUGUGGUCCCAAUGAAGUGGAUCACUUCUUCUGUGAUAUUCCAGCCCUCUUGCCCUUGGCCUAUGCUGACACGUCUUGGGCCCAGAGGGUGAGCUUCACCAACGUUGGCCUCGUAUCUCUUGUCUGCUUUCUCCUAAUUCUUUUAUCUUAUGCUAGAAUCACGGCUUCUAUCUUGAGUAUUCGUACAACUGAAGGCCGUCGCCGAGCCUUCUCCACCUGCAGUGCUCACCUCAUUGCCAUCCUCUGUGUCUAUGGGCCCAUCAUCACUGUCUACCUGCAGCCCACACCCAACCCCAUGCUGGGAACCGUGGUACAAAUUCUGAUGAAUCUGGUAGGACCCAUGCUGAACCCUUUGAUCUAUACUUUGAGGAAUAAGGAAGUAAAAACAGCCCUGAAAACAAUAUUGCAAAGGGCAGGUCAGAUUCCCGUUAGUAAGAGCAGAUAAAUGGGUGCAUGGCUCUGG